GUUUUUGUUAUAAUCAUUUGGAUCAACUAAAUAAAGAUAUGUUCCGCACUGCAACAAGAAAGAGAAAGACGUUAAGCAAUGGAGAGAAGGGAAGCCAAGAGAAGGAUAGUAUUAGUUCCAAUUCCUGCUCAAGGUCAUGUUACUCCAAUGCUGCAACUUGGGAAAGCCCUUUACUCGAAGGGCUUCUCGAUUACGGUUGUUGAGGGACACUUCAAUCAAGUAAGCUCUUCUUCUCAACACUUCCCUGGCUUUCAGUUUGUCACCCUGAAAGAAAGCUUACCAGAGUCUGAAUUCCAAAGACUCGGAGGAAUCGAGUUUAUGAUAAAGCUCAACAAAACUAGUGAGGCAAGCUUCAAGGACUGUAUCGCUCAGUUGCUUCUGCAACAAGGCAGUGAUAUUGCUUGUAUCAUCUAUGACGAGUUCAUGUACUUCUGUGGAGCUGCAGCUAAGGCGUUCAACCUUCCAAGUAUCAUCUUUACCACUACUAGUGCUACAAAUUAUGUUUCACGUUGUGUACGAAGCAAACUCAAUGCCGACAAGUUCUUGGUCGACAUGGAAGAUCCUGAAAUGCAAGAACAGGUGGUGGAAAAUUUGUAUCCAUUACGAUACAAAGACCUACCGACUUCAGGAUUGGGGCCUUUAGAUCGAUUAUUCGAGUUCUGUAGGGAAGUAGCCAACAAAAGAACAGCUUCCGCUGCUAUCAUCAACACCGUGAGCUGUCUAGAGAGCUCGUCUUUGUCAUGGCUGGAACAAAACAUCGGAAUUCCGAUGUACCCUAUAGGUCCUCUUCACAUGACAACUUUCCCACCUUCUAGUUUACUUGACGAGGACAGGAGCUGCAUCGAAUGGUUAAAAAAGCAGAAACCGAGGUCAGUGAUAUACAUAAGCUUGGGAAGCAUAUUUGACAUGGGAACUAAGGAAGUUUCGGAGAUGGCUUGGGGGUUGUGUGAUGGUAACCAACCUUUCUUAUGGGUCAUCCGAGAUGGCUCUGAGUCAUUGCCAGAGGAAGUCAGUACGAUGGUCUCAGAAAGAGGAGGAUACAUUGUGAAAUGGGCACCGCAGAUAGAAGUACUUGGACAUCCUGCAGUAGGAGGCUUCUGGAGCCACUGUGGAUGGAACUCAACGCUUGAAAGCAUUGCAGAAGGAGUUCCAAUGAUAUGCAUGCCCUUUCAUGGGGAGCAGAUGUUGAACGCAAUGUAUAUAGAAAGUGUUUGGAGAAUAGGUUUUCAGGUGGAAGGUAGUAAAGUGGAUAGAGGAGAGGUUGAGAGAGCUGUGAAGAGGUUGAUGAUGGACGAUGAAGGAGCCGGGAUGCAGGAGAGAGCCCUUGAUCUAAAAGAGAAGCUCAAAGCCUCUGUGAAAAGUGGGGGUACCUCAUACAACGCUUUGGAUGAGCUUGUCAAAUACUUGAAAACAAUGUGAAAAUGUUGAACUUCAUGUAUUAUUAGAGAUAAAGAUCAAGUUUGAUCUUGCAAAAUGUAAAAGUAUGUUGUUUUUCCUAUUCAAAUAAAAAAGCAGUACAAAUAAA